AGCUUUUCUUUGCUUUCCUCAAAUCAAACAACUUCAAUUACUACUCCCAUCAUUCGUUUUCAGUUCACAAUAGUCAUUUCAUAUUCUUUAGUACAGCUUUCAAUGGCUAAAGUGGCAGCACUCUCUCUGUUUUUCCUGCUCUUGUCCUUCAUUUCAGGAGGAACUUCGAUGAUGGUCAAUGGACAGAAAACUUGGUGUGUGGCUAAGCCAUCAUCAGACCAGGCAACUCUUCUGGCAAACAUUAACUAUGCAUGCUCUCAAGUGGAUUGCCGUGUUUUGCAAAGGGGUUGUCCUUGCUUCAGUCCUGAUAAUCUGAUGAACCAUGCUUCCAUUGCCAUGAAUCUUUACUACCAAUCCAAGGGAAGAAACACGUGGAAUUGUGAUUUCAAAGGCUCUGGUCUCAUUGUCGUCACUAAUCCAAGUUAUGCUACCUGCAUUUAUGAGUAGCUGAGCACUGUAUUGGUUCAAGCAACUGUAUGUUUCCUUUGGAAAUGGAAAACUUGUAGCUUAAAUUAUUAACUUUUCUAUUUUUCAGUAUAUGGAAUAUGUAACUCACUUAAAUUAACCUGGUUGAUUAUAAGCUUCUGCUAUUAAUUAAAUUGGUUAACAAAUGUGAAAAGAUAUUCUCAUGGAAAGCUAAUUUUAGCUGAGAUGAUGCUAUCCUUUAAUCCUUACA